AUGGCCGCCGACGAAGACGUAGCCCCCGUUCUUGUCAGGGACGAGGAACUUGUGACAUUCGUUGAAGAGGUUCGCGGGCGAGUCUCCGACGUUGUCGACGACGACGGCGAACUGCUCGCCGCGCGAUUCGAGCUCCUCGAUGACCUCCUUGCACAAGUCGAUCUUGCCCGUGGAGCAGGUGACGGUGACGUGACAGCCGAGGAUCUUGGCGAUCUGGAUACCAAACGUGCCCACACCGCCCGAGCCGCCGUUGAUAAAGACUUUGUCUCCCUUCUUGACGUAGGGCGCAAUGGUCUGGAACGCAGUCAGCGCGGCCGUCGGCGCGCCCGCCGCCUGGUCCAAGUCGAUAUCGUCCGCGAUCGUGCCGUAGCCGUCCAGUUCAGCAAUGGCCGGGUUUACACGGGCGAUGACGAGGCGGCCGACUUCGACGUCGUGCACAUCGUCGGCAACGGCGACGACGCGGCCGCACAGGUCCAUGCCGGGCGUUUUGGGGUAGGAUACCAGGGCCCUGGAGACCUGGCCAAGCUCGGGCACCUUGUAGUCGGCGGGGUUGAUGCAGGCGCGGGCCACCUUGAUGAGGAUCCGGCCAUUCUUGAUCUCUUCGUCGGCGGGCUUGGGAGUGUUGUCGGCGAGGGAGAGGAUCUUGGAGAUGGUGCCCGGCGAGGCGCUGAUGUCAUCGGCCGUGGUGGGUCGACAAGGUACCACCCGAACUAG